AUGGAGGACACAGUAGCGGAGAAGAAGCCCCGGACCACCGGCGACGGCUGCAACGGCGAGCCAUCUGGCACCGCAGAGAGCGGCGGCGGCGGCGGCGGCGGCCUGGUCGAGAGGCUCCCCGAGGCGCUCCUGGUGGAGGUGCUGGGCCGUCUCGACCUCGACGACGCCUGCUCCGCCGCCGCGUACUGCCGCUCGCUCCACGCCGCCGCCAACGCCGCCCUCUCCGCCAUCACCGCCAUCGACCUCUCCACUCUUUGGGUGAAGUUCCCUCUGCUAGAUCCACACUCUGAAUAUGAGACUGGAACUGGAUUGCCUCUCAUUCCUAGUAACAUCAAGGACCUGUUGCUACAGCCUGUAUCUCAUUCGAGGGCAACAACAGUCUUCCUGAACACCACAUCUCUGAGCAAACACAUCACUGACAGUUUGGAAUCACUCUCUUUAGUUCUCGACACAAUAACGGAUGAACUUGUUAUGUUGAUCACCAGUAAUGUCCAUAAGUUGGUUGAGCUAUGCCUGGAAGAUGAACCUGUUACCCAACCAAAUUUGCCUGAAGAUUUGACAAAUGUCAAAGCACUUGGCUUAUGCCACAACUUGAGACAUUUGUCUCUGACACGUCGUUGCUGUGACUUCAGACGGGUAAACGACUUUGGGAUACUGAUGCUCGCUGACGGAUGCAAGCAACUCAGAACCAUUAGAUUUGGUGGGUUCUCUAAAGUAAGUGAUGCAGGGUAUGCAGCCCUUCUCCACUCUGGGAAGGACCUGAAGAAGUUUGAGGUCAGCAACGGCUCGUGCUUGUCAGACUUGGCAUGCCUAGAUCUUGAUAAGGCAGCUCCAAACAUUUCAGAAGUGAGGUUGCUUAACUGUGCUCUCCUAACUAGUGAUACCGCCAUAUCUCUAGCACCCUGCACUAACUUGAAGGUUCUCGAUCUCUCGGGUUGCAAGAGCAUUGCAGACUCUGGCUUGGUUUCCAUCUCACGGCUCCCCAACCUAACUCUACUGGAUCUUGCUGGAGCUGACAUUACUGAUGCGGGUUUAUCAGCACUCGGUAAUGGGAGGUGCCUGAUAUCUUCUUUGUGCUUGAGAGGGUGCAGAAGGAUCGGCAGUAAUGGAAUAGCUUCACUGUUGUGCGGGACUGGCACCAUCAACAAAACAUUAGUUUCGCUUGAUAUCGGGAAUGUACCAAGAAUAUCAUGUCGGGCUGUGACAGUGAUUGCCAGGAACUGUUCUAUGGGAUGCGACUCCAGUAAAUGUUCCCUGAGAAUACUUGAUCUUGCCUACUGCAGUAAGCUGUCUCGAAACUUCCUGAGACACUUUGAGCCACCAGUGUUCCGAGGGCUGCGGUGGCUUGGCGUCGGUAAGAAUGUGGCACAACGUCGUGGCUGCAGCCCGACAGUUGCGGAGGUUCUGGAGCGAAAGCCUGGAUUAACCAUCUGCUGCAACGCCUGCGACAUGUGCUGCAGGAACAAGUGCCAUCCAGACAUUCGUUUUCUUCAGUAG